AUGCCAAUCACCAAGAAAAAGGGCACUCUGUUUGCCAUCUAUGCAGAUACACCCGAACGACCAUCUUCAUCAACUUCAUCAUCCUCGUCUUCACCAUCAACCAAAAUCAACAACCAACCGAAAUCACCCUCAAAGAAAUCGUCUUCUUCAUCGGUAGCAAGUAACGGGACGAGGAAAGCUUUAGGGACAUUACAGCCCAAAGCCUUAGAUCGAUCAACUACUCUAAUCGGUUCAAAUGGCAAAGAUAAGACCAAGACUAAAUCUGAAUCUUCCGCAAGAUCAAAUUUAGUAUACACCGAUCCUGUUGGAGAUGUCCCCAUCAAACAAACGAAAUCCACUUCUGAUAUCCCACUAAAAUCCAAAUCCACUACUACUCAAAAUCAAUCCCGUACUAAAUCAUCUAUAAAUGUAUUCAACGAUGAAAACUCCAUAUCCACUUCCACAUCUACUUCUUCCAAACGAACCAAACCUCUAUCUGGUCCUUCAUCUCCUAAAACACGUAAAUCCGCACCUACCCCUCUAGCUCCUUCUCAACCUAUCAAACGAUCUCGUGACCUACUCUCCCCUUUACCUAUCAUCGCUCCUCCCACAUCUAUCAAAGCGAGCUCGGGUUCGGGCAAUGCGGCAAUAGCAAGGGUUGAUGAUCCCUCUGAAUCUCCGGCAAAGAGGAAUCGAAUUGCGCUUGAAUCGACGUCAACAUCUACUAGUACACCAGUAAGAGUGGGACGUAAAGAUAAGGAAAUUGAAAUGGAAGAUAAAGAAAAUAUACCGGUUGGUAUGGGAUACUCACCUAUAACAAGUGAUUCACCAGCAUCAAGAACCCGAUCUAAAAUACGUGCAUUAACAUUAUCCAGUGGAAGUCCACUUCGAGCCGAAAGGACGACGACGGUCAGAAAAGUAAAGAGGGUAGAAAGACUUAUAGGUGAUGGAAGAGGUACGUUGACACUCAAGAAGGGCAGGGAAUUAUCGGAUUUGGUUAAUGCCGAAGGUGAAGGUGAAAAUGGAAGUUUGGAAAAUGCAAUCAAAUCUAUUAAACCCUCUCCUACGAAAAGAUCAAAUGGGAAAGGAGUUGAGGUAGAAGUGCAGAUGUUGGGAGAUGUAAGUGAGGCUUAUGGAGCUGAUAGAGGGGUUGAACCCGAGGGUUUCAAAACUCAACGAGUGAGUACAAAAAUCGACGGAUCGAAGGGAGGGAAUGUUUAG